GGGGUGAGUCUCCGGCCAUGGUAAAAAAAAAAAUACAUUUUGGGGUUAUAUAAACAUUUUUUAAAUGAACGACUGUGAACAUUUUAAAGUCUUAAUCCAAUUACUUUGACCAGCAAACAUGAAAACAGUAGAAAUUUUUGCACUUGCUGUUUUUACCUGUGUCCUAGCCCAAGGGGGUGUCAACUUGGACAGACUAUUCAACCAGUAUGCUGGGAGCGACAAUAUCAUCCAACUGAUCGAAUUCUCCAGAUUUUGGGGACACUUCGAUGACGAUGGUGACGGUCAGGUGACGAAACAAGAGUUUGACAGAGGCUGGAGAGAGGAAGGAUUCCCCAACCCACAGCACGCCCCUCUUUUCUUCCUCGAGAUGGACAGAGUUGCCGAUGAAGUUUUGAACUCUCAAGACUACCCACACAUCUUCCAUCUCUUUGAUGAGAACGGUGAUGGAGGUCUCUCGCUGAGAGAGUUCAGGUACAACUGGGAAGCUUUCUUUAACUAAGCGCUAAGCAGCCAUUCUUCUCGUAAAGUCUUAUGUUGUGCAGAUACUGCUGAACAAAGAAAUCGGACAAAUCAUAAAGUCACGUGAUUUAGUGCUUGCCUUAACCUUUUGACUUGAAAUUAACUUAUCAUUUGUUUAUCCUAAACUACUAAAAUAAACAAAGCCCAUUGACGCCUAA